UAAUAUUACUAGGUAGGUGGGCUCGAACUUCUAACGUUAGCAGAAUCAUCAUUUAUUAAUCCGUCAGCCUUGCAUGCACGGCUGUGAUUGUUCGCCUCUCCCCACAAAAUUAUUUGGUUGUCGAGCUUCCAAUCAGACUACGAAACCACUGCAAGAACACCACACCAUCAACUCCAACGCCAUCUACAACUGUUACUCUGCCACCGACAAUAAUCCAUUUACCGGUCAAAAUACGACUACAUCACACCCGAUCUUUCCUCCUCAUAACCACUGAGAUUUGAAUCAUAGCAUCAUUUGCAGAAUUCAGAAUAAACGUCAUCUCAAUACUCUAUCCAUCAUAUUCGGUAUAACGCUAACGAACAUCCAACGACAUCAUGAAUCGACUCCCACCUGAGAUUCUUGACUCAAUUCUUCAGAAGAACAUCGAGAUGUCCCGCGAUCACAAAGCCCAACUUUUGGGUUUGCGAUUAGUAUGUAAAGCGUUUGAUCAAGGCUUAAAAUCGUCAAUCUUCAAGACGACCUCGUUGGAAUUCUCGCGAUUCGCCCGAUUCAAAAAUAUCGAUGACAAUCCAGAUCAAUUGAAAACGCUCCGAGACGUAGUUUCGUUAUCAUCCUGCGUCUACAUUGAUAUGAUGAUAACUAGAGAUACCGAUGAAAUUGAUCAACUUAAAGAGACCUUCAACGCUAUCUACGAUGCCGUUCCUGAAAUGGCAGACUUGAUUGACUCCCUUCGAUCUUAUUGCCUCAACGAGACAACAUUCACAGAGGAGGAUUACAGUGGUCUAGUUUGCAGAAUCAUGCAGGGUGGUCCAGAUAUAUCCCGACUGAAGAUUAAUCUACCCUUCCAGGUUGUCAGCAAUGCUUUCAUGACAUCUACAAGAUUAUUCGCCAACACCCUAGCAUGUGCGGCGAAUCGACCAGAGGAACAUCGAAAAAUAGAUACAUUGGUUCUAGAUCACAUCACUGACGUCACGAUUAAUAGCCUAUGCAACGUGCACAUCGAUGUCGAGAAUGCUUUCAAAGUAUUUCAAAAUCUCAAAAGCUUAGUGAUAUCAUUCAAAAGACAAGAAAGCAGGACAUCACUACAAACAGUUUUUGCUCGAAAUUUCUGGUUGUUAAUUGGGAAAGCCCAGGACUUGGAAACCUUGUGCCUCAUUGGAUGGAACGUGGCGCAAACUACCAAACGUAUAAGAAAUAGAAGGGUCGCGUCUAGGAUGACAAACGAACAGUGGACUAUGCGGUGCCUCCCAUACUAUCCUAGCAAAAGACUUGUCCUUAGCAAGUUGAAAUGUCUGGAAUUAAAACGGAUGGAUCUAGACCCUCUGAUGCUGCUUCUUUUGAUCAAGGAAACCAGGCAUUCUUUGAUAGAAUUAUACUUGAAUGAUAUUGGUCUGAAAGUUAACGGUUCGACGGAUCGAGAGAAUACCAGUCUAUGGAUAGGUUACCAGAAUAUUCAGAAGCCUGACGAAUGUACAUGGGUUGCUCCAGCUAUCCGAGACAUUGAAGGUCUCAAUCUCAAGGUCCUCCGAGUUAGUAAACUUGGUUAUGAUGAUUACAGUCCAGACCUUGAUUCAGAAACCCCCAAUUAUGAUCUUGACGACCCUACUGGACACAAUCAAUCUUUUGAUCAAAGGUUUGUGGAAGCUGUCAUGGGUACAAAAGCCACGCUGCCCCUCGAGUUGGCAUUCGAUACAUCUUCUGACAUGGAGAUUCCACAUGGAAACGUAACCGAUGCUGAAGUUGACCCGAGUACUUACGAUGCUGAAGCAUAUCAAAAGAUUUACAACUCAACAUCGAACUACAAAAAAUCCAUUGAUGGCAUCUUUUGCAAUAACAAUGAACGGGCAUUGAGGGAAUUGCAAAACAUAGUCAGCGUUGCCGACAGAGGCAUGGCAUUACUUACAAGAGAAGUGGAAAGAGGCACUGGCUUGACUGCCGAUCCAAUCUCUGGCGCAAUUGUCGAUCCUCCAGUUGGUACCUGAAUAGGCUGACGAUAAGCCGGAGCCUCCCAAUCACGAUUAUAUGAGACCACAUAUCACCGGUAUGGGGAUGUUGAUACUGCACUUCGAAAUAAUUAUUGCUUUAUUUAUGACUCUUCUAUCUAGGGACAGCAGAAUUUACUUUGCCCA